UUGGUAGAGAAGGGCAACCCUUACUGGCUGAUACUCUUCAAGCCCUCAAAGAAGCAGGAGGACCUCAUAUUGCCAGCCACAUGGGAUGGAGUAACACACAUUGUGAGCUCUCUCUAUCCCCAUGCCCACCACGACCUUCUUGAGCAUCUCGAGACACUCAAAAACACACAUUUCAGGGAGUUUGAAAAACAAGCAGGUUUCGAGUUCUUGGAGUGCAGGAGAAAUGAACAGGGAACUUUCCCUGACAAGCCGCCUUACUAUAGCUACGAAUUUUACUGCAGUCUCCCGCAGCCUCGAACUGCACUGCAAGUUAGACUCUUUCUCUACUGUGAGCUGAGGCUUCUGGAGAUGUUCAGAGGUGAUGCAUAUGCCUCUACACGCGACCCCGGGAGUGUGCACUGUUUGGAAUACCUCUCCCCCAACUUCCAGCUGAGUGAUUUGGGUCCAGACUUCCUGGGAGUACUGCCCAUGACACGUGUCUCUAUUCCAGACUAA